AUGAUAUAAAUUUAAGAUUUAUUGGUUCUUACAACCAUCCUUUUCAAAUUAUAUAACGAAUAACAACAAAGACAAUCUUAAUUAAAUUAUAUAAAACUAUAAUCAUCAUUGAAAUUAAUCUAUAUUUCAAAUACCUGA